AUGCCGGAAAAACCUACUCCGAACCUGGAAAAAUAUGAUGGCUCGACGGAUCCCGAUAACCACCUCAGGAUCUUCACCAAUGCGAUGGCAUUCUACACAAAUAAUGAUUCAGUCAUAUGCAGGGCUUUCUCCUUAUCAUUAAGGGGUGAAACACUAGAAUGGUAUAGUAAACUCCCCUCAAACAUGAUAGACUGCUUUGCCACAGUAGAAAUUCUUUUCAGGAGGCAGUACGCCUCCAAUCGGAGACAAGAGAUGACACUAGCAGAAUUGUUGUAUGCCAAGCCACCAAAAUCUAUGGAGGAACUCGAGGAAAAUAUCGCUGAAUUUAUUCGCAUUGUGGACAUGAAAAACUCAAGGAAGAAGCAACAACAAGAAGUCCCUACCAACGAGAGUAAGAAGGAGGCGAAGCGAUCUUCUAAUAGUGGCAAGAGCGAAAGGCUUCCUCGAAAGGAAUUAGCCUAG